GCGAAAUACCGAGCGUAAUCGACGAAGAGCAACCUUACGUCCGUCUACGUCAUUUCGUUAUGGUGUUCUUGCAGCGAACGGAUUUCGGCUGCUGACACUCCAGCCUGGACAGCGAGGAAGCGAGAUUGCAAGAGUUUGACCUUUCUAAUCCUCCUCCGUACUAUGCUUUAAGUUACGUUUGGGGGCAAGAACCUGCUCUUCAUCAAAUCACGAUCGACAACGCAAUCGUCCACGUACGACCAAACUUAUUCUACGCGCUGCGGAGGAUAGGAGCGCUACAGAAUCAUGCAUUCAGUUUAUGGGUAGAUUCGAUCAGUAUCGAUCAGCGUAAUGAGGCAGAACGGAGUGCGCAAGUCAUGCGUAUGGCGCGAAUUUACGACAAGGCUGCCGGUGUGUACAUUUGGCUGGGCGAAGAGGAUGCGACCAGUAAGCUAGCUAUUGAGCUUGUAAACAAGAUAUAUGAUGGAACCCAGAACGGAGAUCCCGACAAGACUUCAUUCUCCUGGACUGGGUCAUGGUGGAAAGACUACAGCUUCACUGCCUUGAGCUUGCUGAUGGAGCGGUCCUGGUUCCGAAGAGGCUGGGUUCUACAAGAAGCUGCGUUUUCAGUAAAUUCGAUUAUCCAAUGCGGAGACCGACAGCUACAGUUGAAACACUUCACGGAAGUCACAAAUCUGAUUCGAUCAAAGUUCAACAGCGAACCACAGGCACCUGGACUUUUGAGCACCAAAACGCGAAUAGGUACAUUGAUGAAUUUCGUUGAUUCUCCAGCGGUAAGGCUGCUAGAUUUGAUCCAAAGAUCCUUCGAGAAGACCGCCGACGGGUCAAUUCUUCAUCACCUGAUGUCUCUAGAAAUGCUCGUGCAUUUAGCCACGUUCAGCGAAACCUCGAAUGAGCAGGAUACAAUGUAUACGUUGCUGAACCUUGCCAACGACCAAAGAUCGAUGUCGAGGUAUGGUCAGGGCUCUGUGAUAGUUCCGGACUACACAUCUAGAGAAAAACUUCCCUAUGGCGACCCGUCGUGGCGCUCCAAGCACCGUCUCCAUGGUAAUCCACUCGUUGGUAGCCCUCUGAAGCCAACAUAUAAUGCUGAUGAGUGCCUGUCAAUUCUUGGAGACCCUAGGAAGAACUCUGGAGCUGAAUACACGCAAGAAAUUUGUACUUGGUGGCGAACGCUUUGUGCCGACAGAAAUGGAAAUGGUGAUCCAGCACCCGACUCGUGGGUGUCAGCCAUGGAAAAUCUUCUGGUUAUGCUCAACAGUGAGACCGCAUCAGGUAUCGACAUCGAGGAACUACUCGACAACGAUAUUCCCGAACUCGUUAGAACAUACCUUCUGGUUGUUCGGGACAUUGUGUGGAACCGCCGGACAUUCCGAUCGGACAUUAACUUGUGUGGCAAGCAAUUUGUUGGCUUAGUACCCCCAAAUGCUCGUAUAGGCGACCAAAUCUGCAUCUUAUACGGAUGUAGUGUUCCUGUCGUUCUUCGUAAACUUGAAUCUCCGGACCAGACUUUACAGUGGCAGCUUGUGGGCGACGCAUAUGUACACGGAAUCAUGGAUGGAGAGUUUCUUCGUGGGUUGACUGGGGAUGAGCGUAUAGAAAAGGAACAGACGUUCGCGAUUAGGUGA